AUGGACGUUGUCGCGGCCGUCUCGGGCUAUGUCUCCAAGAUGGUGACGGCCGGCGAGUCCGCAUCAGGGUCAACCAAGAUGAAGAUCCUGUUGCUUGACAGUGAGACAGUCCCGAUUGUCUCGACCGCCAUCACUCAAUCUGCCCUCCUCAAUCAUGAAGUCUACCUUAUUGACCGCCUCGAUAACACCGCGCGCGAGAAGAUGCGACAUCUGCGAUGCCUAUGUUUCGUGCGCCCAUCUCCAAGCUCAAUCCAGCUGCUUGUCGACGAGCUCCGAGAACCCAAAUAUGGCGAAUACCACAUCUACCUGAGUAACAUGAUUCGCAAGUCGUCCCUCGAGCGGCUUGCCGAGGCCGACAGCCACGAGGUCGUGCACACUGUGCAGGAACAAUUCGCCGAUUUCCUCGUGAUCAACCCCGAUCUCUGUUCUAUGGGCAUGGGAUUCCCACUGUCCCGACUGUGGAGCCAUUCGCCAGAUCUCUGGAACCCCGACUCCUUACAAAGAGCUACUGAGGGUGUUCUAGCACUAUUGCUGUCGCUGAAGAAAAACCCUCUGAUUCGGUACGAGAAGAACAGUCUUCUGGCUCGGAAACUUGCGACUGAGGUUCGUUACCAUAUCACACAGGAGGAGCAGCUGUUUAAUUUCCGCCGGACGGAUACGCCGCCAAUCCUCCUCAUCCUAGAUCGCCGCGACGAUCCCAUCACCCCGCUGCUGACGCAAUGGACAUAUCAAGCCAUGGUGCACGAGUUGCUCGGAAUCAAUAAUGGAAGAGUGGACUUACAGGACGUCCCAGAGAUCAGGCCGGAGCUUAAAGAGAUCGUGCUGGCCCAGGAUCAAGAUCCAUUCUUCAAGAAGAACAUGUACCAGAACUUUGGUGAUCUGGGCCAGAAUAUUAAGGAAUACGUGGAACAGUACCAAACCAAGACACAAAGCAGUAUGAAUAUUGAGUCAAUUGCCGACAUGAAACGAUUCGUGGAGGAUUAUCCAGAGUUCCGCAAGCUUUCGGGCAACGUCAGCAAGCACGUUACCCUUGUUGGUGAAUUAAGUCGGCGAGUCGGUGAGGACAACCUCCUCGAUGUGAGCGAGUUGGAGCAAAGCUUAGCCUGCAACGAUAAUCACGCCAAUGAUUUGAAGUCACUGCAACGACUCAUUGCAGUUCCCAACGUGCCUACGGAUAACAAGCUGCGCUUGGUAGCUUUGUACGCUCUUCGCUACGAGCAACAAUCAAACAACGCCCUGCCCAUUUUGCUGGACUUGCUGGUGACGGCAGGAAACGUGCCUUCCAAUAAAGUCAACAUUAUCCCCAAGCUGCUCGCGUAUCACCACUCUCUCCAGGCCCCGCCUGUUGCCGGUGGAUUCACUGAUCUCUUCGAAUCGACCUCUUUCUUCUCCGGCGCUCGAGAUCGUUUUAAGGGUCUCAAGGGUGUUGAAAAUGUCUACACCCAACACUCACCCCGUCUAGAGGUGACCCUCCAGAACCUCAUCAAGGGUCGUCUGAAGGAACUGCAAUAUCCUUUCUUGGAAGGCAGUGGAAACACGCGGGACAAGCCGCAGGAUAUAAUUAUCUUCAUGGUCGGUGGCGUGACCUACGAGGAGGCCAAGAUGGUGGCCCAGGUGAAUGCCAGCUCCCCGGGCGUACGAGUCGUCCUGGGCGGCACCUCUGUUCAUAAUAGCACGACGUUCCUGGAAGAAGUUGACGACGCUGUCGGCAGCUGGCCAGAGCCGAGUCCCUCGACAGCUGCAGGACGGCUGCGACGGGAGGUUGGGCGGUAA